GCUGCCGAUGACUGUCAUUUUGGCAUUUCAUCAUCUUGUCAUCUUCGCCAUCACGCUAUCAUUGGUGCCAGACAACAUCACAUCUCCCGAAAUGUAAAACCUCGAAAUACCGGUAGAUAUUACUUAAGUUGCCCAAAUGGUGCUCCAAAGUGCUCAGCAUAGCCAUCACUUCUCGGCCGCAAUGCUGUCUCGCCGUGUCGCCUUGCACUCCGUGGCGCCAUGCAGCCUACGCAGCUCCCCGCUGGGCCAAAAUUGGCUGGCAGCAGCGCAACACCCUUAUAAUGCCGCACGCGGAUUCGCGGCUGCGUCAAAUGCCGGUGGCGGCGUGCCCGGAGACUUUGUGUGUCAUCUGCGCGACGUGGGCAUGACCAUUCCAGGCGGCAAGAAGCUCUUCGAGCGCGUGAGUCUGGGCUUCCUACGUGGCGCCAAGAUCGGUGUUUUAGGUGCUAACGGUACCGGUAAAUCCACGCUCCUCAAGAUCAUCGCCGGCGUGCGCAAGGACUUCGACGGUGAGCGUUGGGUCAAGGACGGGCUGAAAGUCGGAUAUCUACCACAAGAGCCGCAGCUGGAUCCCAGCAAGAACGUGUACGAGAACAUUAUGGACGGACUGAAGGAAAGCCAGGAGCUUCUGGCCAAAUUUGACAAGGUUUCCAUGGCUAUGGGCGAGCCAGACGCAGAUUUUGACGCUCUGCUGGAGGAGCAGGCCAAGCUGCAGGAUCAGAUCGAGACGUUGGGCUGCUGGGAUCUGAGUCACGAGGUGGAGAAAGCUAUGGCUGCACUGAGAGUCCCUGCUGCGGAUGCGGACGUGGAGGUCCUCUCAGGAGGUGAGAGACGUCGCGUGGCGCUGUGCCGCCUGCUGCUGGAGAAGCCAGACAUGCUGCUGCUUGACGAGCCCACAAACCACUUGGACGCCGAGUCGGUGCAUUGGCUGGAGGAUUUCUUGCAGAAAUACCGCGGUACAGUGCUGUCCAUCACGCACGACCGGUAUUUCCUGGACAACGUAGCUGGCUGGGUGCUGGAACUCGACCGUGGCGAGACGUACGCGUACGAAGGCAACUACACGGAGUGGCUGACCCAGCGUCGCAACCGCUUCAACAUGCAGCGAAAGAGCGACGCCAUCCGCGCCAAGCAGAUCGCCUCCGAGAUCGCGUGGUCGCGGGACCAUCAGGGCAGUAAGAAGGCCAACAAGGCGCGUCUCCGGAAGCUCCAAGAGAUGGAGUCCAGCGGCUUCAAGGCCUCGUCUAGAGUCGAGGAGGGACAGAUCGUCGUGCCGUCUGGUGUGCGUCUGGGCAACAAGGUCAUCAGAGUUAAUAACCUGCGCAAACAGCUCGACGACGGUCGGGUGCUGUUCGAUAAGCUCUCGUUCGAGAUCCCUCCUCACGCUAUUGUGGGGAUUGUAGGCGGCAAUGGUAUGGGUAAGAGUACACUGUUCAACAUCAUUGCAGGCAUCGAGAAACCCGAUGAGGGCAGCGUCGAACUCGGUAAAACUGUGAGUCUGGGCUUCGUGAGUCAGAGUCGCGACGAAUUGAGCGGCAGACGCUCCGUGUACGAGGAGAUUUCGGGCGAUAACGAGUUCGUGGAGAUCGGCGGAGACCGGAUUAACACACGCGCGUACAUUGCCAGCUUCAAUCUGCGUGGCGGCAUGCAGGAGAAGAAGGUCGGUAGUCUCAGUGGUGGCGAGCGCAACCGCGUGCAUCUGGCCAAGAUGCUCCUGGGCGGCCACAACGUUGUGAUGCUCGAUGAACCGACGAACGAUCUGGACGUCGACACGCUGCGCUCGCUGGAAGCUGCGCUCACGGACUUUGACGGCGUGUCGAUGGUCAUCUCCCACGACCGAUGGUUCCUGGACCGCAUCUGCUCGCACAUUAUCGCGUUCGAGGGCGACGGCCGCGUCGAGUUCUUCGACGGCAACUACACCGAGUACGAGAGGGAACGCAAGCUUCCUUAGAUUCCACAUCGGCGCACUUCGCCUCAACUUCUUAAGAAAUACCGCUUCAAAACGACGCGAUUGAUGUUGAAUAUGCCAAUGAACGAGUUAUGCUGAUUGUUAUACGCUACUUCCCUAUCUGUCGGGAGUUUUUGAGUUCUGGCAGAGCUUCCUAGGAGCUCUUAUUAACAAAUAUCGAUA